AUGUCUCAACCAAUAUCUCCAUAUGGUGGAUUGAUAGGACUCAACUCGCCGCCGACGAGCCUAUCUACAACCAAUACCUCAACGGAAGCAGCGAUGGCUUGGAACAGCAAAGAGAUGUUCGCAUCUGAGUAUCUUCGUUCUGCUGAAUAUUGCAAUAUUCCAGGCGUUGCCGAGGAGCCAGUUUCGUCUACUUUCAGUACAUCCUCCAGAGCCCAACCGCUCAUAGCCGACUUUGAACCGUUUGUCGAGAGAGCUCCCCCACAUCCAACAACAGAACCAAGAACUAGAUCCGUUACGGAGGAGCGUGGCUGGCCAUGGUCUGAUCUGGACGGUCAGAACAACAGGCCAGCUACAGUCCAAAACAUUGGGAUAUCGAAUUCCUUAUCUAAGGAGGUAAACGGCAACUUUGACAUACAUCAGAAGAAUACGAGCUCGAUAAUUCAGUCAGAUAUUGAUGGCCACUGCCAGCUUAUCGAGUCUAGUGAGAGAUUGGGAUCUUCAUCCGAUAGCGAGCGAGUAGCAACUACAGAGGUCGAUCCGGGGUCCGAAAAAAGCAACUCUGGUAGCUGUACACGACCAAGUCCCGACUCAUCAUUAUCUGAUCGACUAAGCCAUCUCAUGGAAUGUAGCAAACAACUUGGCUUUGACGAUCUUGAUGACGCCUUGUUGUGCUACUAUACCUCCGAUGUCCGCGACUCUGCACUGCUAUCUCAUAAGCAGUCACUGAGCCGAGCAAGGAAGCUAUCGCAUUUUCUUUCGGAUAUAAGGGAGCAUUCCAAAGCGUGGAGCAAUUGGGAGCGGGCCGAUUUCAUGAGGGAGAUCGUGAAGAGUGCGGAGGAAAUAUAUGUGGAGGAGUGUAUGGUGGCGAGGAAACAUCAAGUCGAUAUCAAUAUUGGCGACUUCACAAAAGACUCUGCAAGCGUGGAGCACGUGUCGCAGAAACUCAAGCGUGAGGUUCGUAUCUCGUUAUUUGCCCUCCUUGUUCAUGCAUGCACCUCCUUUAUUCGACUCUUGUUUUUUUUUUCUCUUUCUUUCAAAACACUUUCCACUGAUUACAACUCCCCCUUACUUCUGCUGAUAUUGGAAUACUUAGGCUCCAAAUACUUGGGCUUUGGUCGCAAGCAUAAUGCUACCUUCCACAUCUCCGGGUCAAGUUCACUUGCCACAAACCUUACUCGUUCUUAUGCUACUUUGCUGCCCCAGCAGGGACCUGGGAAAGGUGUUCCGACUGUCUCGAGCGCACAUUCUACAGCAGAAUAA